GAGGUGCGAAAGAAUGGAACAGGGCGAUACGAUGACAGUGUGAGAUUACGUGACUGCGAGACUGCGAGACUUCGAGACUGCGAGGCUGCGAGACUGCGAGGCUGCGAGGCUGCGAGGCUGCGAGACUGCGAGACUGCGAGACUGCGAGACUGCGAGACUGCGAGUGUGCGAGUGUGCGAGAGCGCGAGUCGGCGAGUCGGCGAGUCGGCGGCGAGAGGGCGAGACGCUUCUCGGUGGGCGUCAGUGCGCGGCCGCGGUCGAGCUCCGGUGCUCCCGAUACCGCUCCCCUACUCUUCUACCCCUCCGCUCUUGGCUGCGGGCAGGGCGCGUGGAUGCCUGCCGAUAGUUGGGGUAGCGUGGUCUGUGUGGUCGCGUCGGACCAUGGGCUACUGUUCAUAUUCAGAGGAUGUUAGCAGUACGUAUUUGGUAUACGCAGUUGUAUCAGUGGCACGAGAAGUGAGAAGCGGAACUACUAGAAAUUGGAACAAGCAGCGUCUUCAGUACUGGCCUCUUCUGCUGCAAGGAGGCGCGCCGCCUGCACCAGCUGUGGAAGGAGCGACGCGCGCAGGCGCCGCUGCGGGACCUCGCCGCGGA